AUGGUAAAGACUGAUCACGUAAAAUUUAUCGAUGACUGGGAUAAGCAACAUGCUCCAAAGGAUCAUGUAUGGCAUCCCAUGACAAAGAAGGAGCUUCGUCACUACCAAGAACAACCUUUCCUUUCCAAAGUAGGUGAAACGUUAACCUCCAAUCUAAAGAACAUUCCAAUAAUUGGAGAGUCAUUAGAGUCGCAGAAGAACGCAUGGCAAGAGCAACAUUUGAGAAAGCAAAGAAAAGAAGAGGAAAACAUGGGAUAUGCUGGUAUCGAUUUAGAAGAUACAGCCUUCCUUAAAACUCUUGAUGAACCCCAUUAUUAG